AUGUUCCGCGUCGAACUCCUCCAACACAAAGGCGCAGCGCCAGCCCCAGGCUGGAGCUACGUCGCCGACCGACCCUUCAACCCAGCCCAAGCCGCCAUGGCCCCAACACUAAGCCGCAAGCGCGGAAUCCGCGACGCCGGUAAAGGCGGCGACAUGUCCUCACGACGAGCGAACGCCAUAGUCCGCCACCUAGCCGAGCUAGAUCGCGAAAACCAGCGCGACGUAGCGAUCCCCGUCCCGGUGAAACAAGCCAAAGAAGCCGGAGCACGCGGCACACGCGCGAAGACAACAUCCAACGUGCGUCGAAUCCUACAAUCCCAAAAGACAUUCCGGAAUCAUCUCGACGACGAGGAAGCAGCGAUUCAAAACAGUGCGGCCAGUGGUAUCGGGACAGGGGCUGGAAAUGCAGGCGCAGCGGCUGUGAUGGCGAAGGGGAGUAAAGCUGCAACUGCUGCUGCGGCGAGGAGGAGCUCAACGCCUGUUGUGGCGGGCUCUGUGGCUGCGAAGAGAAAAUUGGCUUCGGCUGUUGGGACGGCUGCUUCUACGCCUACGCCUGCGCCUUCGGGCCCUGGGACGCCUGCUACAAUUGUGGAGGAUGUGGAAGUGGAGGAGGAGAAGAGGCCGAAGCUUUUGAAGACAGAGCAUGAUAAUGAUCCUCUCUUGCGCUCUUACGCGCCGAGUAUGCCUUCUGAUCGCAUUAUUCAGCUUCUACUGGCUGAGCCGCCUUUGUCUUAUAAUGCGUCGCGGGUGGGCCCGCCGAUGUCGUCUCAGUCGUCGCGGCAUUUCUGCUGUAUGUGUGGGUAUUGGGGGAAGAUUCGGUGCAAGAGCUGUCAUCUGCGGACUUGUGGGUUAGAUUGUUACCGGGUACAUGAGGAUUCGAGGUGUGGUGCGUUCUUCUAG